AUGUCGACUGAGAACAAGAAGAUGCUGACCCUGAAGAGUGAGGACGGAGAGGUAUUUGAGAUUGAAGAGGCUGUUGCUGUUCAGUCACAGACCAUCAAGCACAUGGUGGAGGAUGACUGCGCCGACAACGCUAUCCCCUUGCCCAACGUGAAAGGCCCCAUUCUUGCUAGGGUCAUCGAGUACCUAAAGAAGCACGUUGCUGAUGCUGAAGAGAAUAAGGAAAGCAAGAAAGAAGAUGUGGGACUCAAGGAAUUCGACGAAGAAUUCCUCAAGGUGGACCAGAGCGUGCUGUUUGAUCUGAUAUUGGCAGCCAACUAUCUGAACAUCAAGGAGCUGCUGGACUUGACAUGUCAGGCUGUGGCGGACAUGAUCAAGGGAAAGACUCCCGAACAGAUUCGCAAGACUUUCAACAUCAAGAAUGACUUCACCCCUGAGGAAGAAGAGGCGGUUCGAAGGGAGAACCAAUGGGCUUUUGAGUGA